ACAAAGGUCCGUUUGCAGUGGCUGGCGGGUUCCACGAGUGCUCUUCAUUUCUCAAUUCUCCCUCCAUUUCUCUGCAAAACCCUGCACAGAAGAAGAGGACAUGGACCCCUCUUCUGCUUCCUCUCUGACACAUCCCUAACAGUAAUCACACAUCUCUAUACAUUGAUCUGUUCUUUUUAAUUCAUCUAAUUCAGCAUCCCCAGUUCCAUCAUCCGUCAACCCAGGAUGAAGAAAACAUUAAAUAACUCAAAAUCAAAACUCCUUCCCUGAUCCAAUUACUCCAAUAUCAGCCGUCUGAUUCAGAUCCUCGCUAUUUCUUUCUAUUUAUUACCACUGCCAUGGUUUCCACCUAUUCUCUUUUCUAUCAAUCUAUUGGUAGCCAUCACUUUCUCCGUGCGCCGAAAAAGAUCACUCAUCUCCAAAACAAUGAUCUCUCCUUCUAGAAUUCUUGCACAGGCACCAUGAAAACUACACCGUUCCAUCUCUCUUUCAAAAAUUACUUUCCUUUCUCAUUGCUAUGGGCUGUGGAGGUUCUAAAGUGGACGAUUUACCACUAGUAGUUCUCUGUAGAGAGCGCAAGGAAGUCAUCAAAGCUGCCUCCGACCACCGCUACGCUCUCGCUGCUGCACACGUGGCUUCUUUUCAUUCGCUGAGAGACGUUGGCGACGCGAUUCGCCGAUUUGUCGAUGAAGGGCUCGUUAUCGCCUCUUCCUCAACCGCUCCUGCCUCUCCCGUACUAACUUUACCAUCUCGCGAAGGGAAAUCCAGGCAUGUAUCGAAGAACUCCUCUACUUCAACCUCACUUUCGCACUCUAUAGACACCAAAAGCAAAGACGAGGACAUUGGAGAUUCGCAUUUGCCCUUGUCUUCCGGGUCGGAUUUGGAUUUGGAUUCGGACUCCGUUUCAGGUUCAGGUCACAUCCACAUUCAUGAUACCCCUGAAGAAGCAGAAGGAGGAGGAGCUGUAAGAGAGAUACCUUCUACUUCUUCCAAUAAUAAUUUUAAUGAUUAUCCCCAACCUCAAAGAAAUUGGGGUUUUCCUAAUUACGCAGGAGAUAAUCCGUAUCCUAACCCGUAUCCGUAUUCAUACUCGUAUGAGAAUUCGUAUGCAAAUACGUAUUAUAUGAAGAGGUCUGCUACUCCGGCUAAAACGGUGGUGUAUGAGGAUCCUUCAGUAAAUGGGUACUCUGAUGGCGGGUCGGGUUAUUACGCAGGUGGGUAUUUUGGGUACCCGAUGAUGACUUCACCAACAAGGAAGCCAAGUCCUGAGAAGCCACCACCGGUGCCCCCAUCACCACCAAGAGUGUCAACAUGGGAUUAUUUCAACGUGUUCGAUGCAUACGACAACGGUGGUAGCGGUGGGUAUCCAGAUUAUCAUCCGUACGCGAGAUACGGAUAUGGGUCGAGUACAAGUAGUCCAGAUUCGAAAGAGGUGAGGGAGAGAGAAGGGAUUCCUGAUUUGGAAGAUGAAACGGAGCAAGAAGUAAUAAAAGAGGUUCAUAAAGAGAAGAAGAAAACGAGUGAAGAAAUGGAUUUGAAUGGAAAAAUGAAGUUUAAUGAGGAAAUGAUGAGGGAUUACGGAGAAGGUACUUCAAAGUCAGUGCAUAUAGAAAGCAGUAGUGAGAGUUUAGAGUCUGUUAAAGGUAAAGGAAUCAAUAACAGUAUGAGUCCGAACACGAUUCAGAGUCCUGAUAGUAUUGUUUCGAAGAGCCCUGAAGAGGGGUCUGUUAGGAAAAAGGGGGUUAGUUUUGAGGUUGAAGAUGCCUCUAAUUUAACAGUGGAAAUUGAGUCUUCCAAGCCUAGUGGUGUUCCUACUACUACAUUGUCGGCUCAUGGUACAAGGGAUCUUCAAGAGGUGGUGAAGGAAAUAAGGGACGAAUUUGAGACCGCUUCUGGUUAUGGGAAUGAGGUUGCAUUAAUGCUUGAGGUGAGCAAGUUGCCUUACCAGUGCCAGCAAAGAAGCUCCCUAUUUAAAGUGAUUCUUUCCAGGAUCCUGUAUUUGGUGUCUUCCCACCCUCCUGCAAGGCCAUCAGUACGCAUUUCUUCUAGGACAAUGAAAAUGGCAAAAUCUUACCCCUUGGAAUCUGGAAAUGACUUUGACAUGAGGCGGAGAAACCUAUCAUCUACUCUCCAGGAAAUUUACGCUUGGGAGAAGAAACUAUACAAGGAAGUGAGGGUAUGGGGCAAUGAUGUUGAUGAAGAACGGCUACGGGUCAUCUAUGAAAAGGAGUGCAAAAGGUUAAAAAUGUUGGAUGACCGUGGAGCAGAGUCUAGUAAAAUUGAUGCUACCCAGGCUUCGAUAAGGAAACUGCUGACAAAAAUCAAUGUGUGUAUCCGAGCUGUUGAUGCUAUAUCCAGUAAGAUACAUAGGUUGAGGGAUGAAGAAUUGCAGCCUCAGAUCACUGAAUUGAUUCAUGGGUUGAUCAGAAUGUGGAAGUCCAUGCUCAGAUGUCACCAGAAGCAGUUCCAAGCUAUUAUGGAUAGCAAAGUUCGCUCUCUAAAAGCACGGAGAGAUUCUGGUUUGAAAGCCACAGUUGAACUUGAAGUGGAGCUUAUUAAUUGGUGCGCCUGUUUUAACAAUUGGAUUAACACCCAAAAAUCCUAUGUGGAGUCAUUAAAUGGGUGGCUGUUAAGGUGCCUUAACCAGGAACCUGAAGUAACCGCUGAUGGGAUUGUGCCCUUCUCCCCAAGCAGAAUUGGUGCCCCACCUAUUUUUGUAAUUUGCAAUGAUUGGUACCAAGGAAUUGUUAGGAUUUCUGAGCAGGAGGGGGUUGAAAAUGCCAUGCUUGGUUUCACUUCAAGCUUACAUCGGUUGUGGGAACGGCAAGAUGAGGAGCAGCAACAAAGGAUCAAAGCAGAGUACCUUACAAGGGAUUUUGAGAAACAGCUUAAAACCUUGCAAAUGGAGAAGGGAAGGAUUGAGCAGGAGCGUGGAAUCUCACCUCUAGAUAAAACCAUGUCAAAGGUUUCUUCAGAGAGUGGAAUCUCACCACUAGAUGAUCUGAAGGUGGAUUUGGAUUCAAUGAGGAAGAAAUUGGAAGAAGAGAGGGCAAGGCACAAGGAAACAGCCAAAUCAGUCCAUGAUGCAGCUUCCAGUAGUUUACAAGCAGGUUUGGUCCCAAUUUUUCAGGCUCUGGGCAAAUUCACUUCCGAAGUUCUGAAAGCUCAUGAAGAAGUUAGGCUUUGAGAUGCUGGUGGCCCAUAGGAAAUGCAUCAGCAGCUAUGUUGAAGGUCCUUGAGGGAAAGUUACCCUGCUUUACCUGGAUCAAGUAACAAUUGGAAAAAGGUUAGAUUCGUAAGGAAAGUGAAGGAAGAUGAAUAAAGCAAAUAUGUACCAGAAAGGAUUUGGCACAACGGUUAAAAUUACUUGGAUAAGAUAACGGGAGUGCAAUAUGGAAUUUGCUUAGAGAAGCUGGAGGUUUUUGGGGAAGAAAUAUGCGUGAGAGGCAAGUCAAACCGUUGUUUCCGUUUCAACUGGUUCUGCCCUAACCCUUGAGUAGAUGAUAUGUAGGAAUUUGUACAGAAAUUCAUU